AUGGAUCCCCAGUAUUCGCAACCGCUGUUAGCACCUGAGGACCAGGACUUUUAUAGGAGUAUCCUCCACCGGCUCGCGCACGAGUCCCCAAUCAGAGGGUCGACGGGGCUGGAUAUGACGCUAGCUCUGGAAAAGGAGCUGAUCCGUGCACAGGAAAACAAUGAUUCGGAAGAGUAUAAGAAUGUUAUUUGGGGCAUGCUGAAACCCCUGGUGGACUCGCUCAUGUCGGCAGCUCACCGUGCUGCGCCAUACACUUAUUUUGACAAUGUGGCUCCACGUGAGUACCCAGUUACUAGAGACGAGGAAGAGUACUUCAAGACGGAUAGCAUUUUUGACUCGGACGAAGAACGCGGGGGUGAUGACGACUUUGACGGCGGUUCAAAGCCUAUGUUAAGGGAACAAGAACAAAGCUUAAGGAAGAAGGAAGAACUCCGCAAGAAACGUGAGGAUGACGAAACGAUGUUGAUCGAACAAAAGAAGGUUGUGGAUGAUAAGGGAACCGUUCUCAAUACCGUCGGCCCAUUCGCCCCUCCGCGUCUCACCGUUAGGGCCACCACGUACACCUUUCCGAGUCGUAGGUCACUGGAGCAGCGUACCGUGCCUCCACCUGCCGAAUCGUCGUCUGGGGAAGAUGAAGCAGGUGAUGAGGAAGCCGCAAACGUGGAUGUUACCUCUCUUUGCUCAUCGGGAAGUGGAGAGGCAGUGUCGCACCUAACAAGCUUUAUGGAGCCACUUUCCAACGACUCGCUAAAAAAGAUGAGCGAGAGCGCGAAGGUUAAGGUGAAACCAUCCUCUUCUAACCGUGAGUACAUUGUUCAAAUAGUCAAAACGGCCGUUCGGCUUGGGUGCGAAAAGGCUUGCGCUCUCAUAGACAAGCACAAGUUCAUUGAGGAUAUGACCAACCGCGUGCAGACGGGACCCCUUCAGACCGCAGCAAGCAUUGAUUUUCUUCAGUCCCUUCCAGAGCAGUUGAAGCAUGCGCUGAGCCACAUGUUGGGUCUGUGGGAAGAAAGCCCGCAGGUGGAAGAAAUGUGGGAGCGCAUGGUAGCAAUGGGUUUUCUUGCAGUCUUAACCAAUCUCCGACUCAAACCACUGAAAAGAAUCACCUCCGAGUUGGGAGUCUCGGUCCCAGACACGAAUUCCACGGAGAAAUUCUGCGAGGCCAUCGUCUUCGCUGCUUUCCCACGGGAGCGCGUUCGUGCUAGGAAAUCCCGCUCCAAGAGGCAAAAGACACUCGCCUUCACGGUUCCGCCUUCCCUGAUGCGGUGUAAGGGUGACAUGGGGUUUAUCACCUUUCAGGUGGAAAAUAUAUCCCUCUUACCCAAAGACAGUGAGCGUCGUUACUCACCCGAGUUUGAGUUCGGUCAGAUGAAGUGGAGCCUUCUUUGUAUGGCAAACAAGAGUAAUUUAGCACUCUACCUCUGCCAAACGGAGACAGUGUACUGCAAGUUUCUAAUAUCGGUUAUCAACCACCUAAGUAAGGACGAUUCUAUCUGCAACGAGGGCACACAGCGUUUCUUCGCGAGGUCGCAGGAAAAUGAUUGGGGAUUCAACAACGUUGCCCGAUUCGAUGAGUUGCUGAACCCGCGCAAAGGCUUCUGGCACAAGGAAAAUGACAGCAUCACCAUUGAGGUUGGCAUUGUUAUCGUAGAGGCUCCCAAGACGACCGUUUCUUCGAAGAAUGUAUCCAACAAAGAUAAACCCGCCGGACCAAAAGUAGACGAAAGGGCGGUGCGCCAACUCAUCGAGGAUGAAAAGAUUGCGCAAUUGAAAAAAAGAGUUAAGCAGGAGAUAUCGAAGACGCUGAAAGACGAGGAGAAGACACGAAAGGAUACGGUACAGCGGGCAACUAAGGGCUUUCACGAUAUUUUGGAGCGCUUUAAGAGCGAAAAGCAACGCAUCGUAAGGGAAUUGGCCGAACGCGAGCGCCGGGAGCAGUUAGAACGCCAGAGGGAACAAGAGAUUAUCAAACAAGCCCAAGAGCAAAAUGCGGAGAUGGCAAGGGGCAUUGAAGAAAUGAAGCGCACCAUCACCAAUCUUGCUCGCGAAAAGAAGGAACUCACCCACGACAUUAAGGAGCUCAAGAAAGCCGGUGAGAAACUCGCUAACGAACUCAAUGUCAUUGCUGAACGGAAGGCCACGCUGUUGAAGAAAAUAAGAUCGUAUGAAACCAAGAUUUCGGAGGGUCAGCAUCAUCUGGAAGAGUUGCAACAGGACCCAGUGCUUUCAUUUCCGGUAGGUGGCGAAAGCGAUGGAAUUGACGAAAUCGUGUCGGCACAACUUCAGGACAUCCUCGAGAGAUUGUCGUGA